AUUCAAAUGCCGAAGCGGCGGAACACGCGCCCCCCUCUCUCUCCCCACCGUCUCCCUCAUUUCCAUCGAUCCGUUAUAUCAAUUCAAGUCUCCGCUCUCACUCGCCAUAGCUAGGGUUUACUUUGCUCUUCCUCAUCAAUCCGAUUCCGAUCGACCGGAGAAGCUGCGAGCAGAGGUCGAAGAGAUGGAGAAGUACGAGAAGCUGGAGAAGGUGGGCGAGGGCACUUACGGAAAGGUCUACAAGGCCAAGGACAGGGCCACGGGGCAACUGGUGGCGCUCAAGAAGACCCGCCUCGAGAUGGACGAGGAGGGCGUCCCUCCCACGGCCCUCCGGGAGGUCUCCCUCCUCCAGAUGCUAUCGCAGUCCCUGUACGUGGUCCGCCUCCUCUGCGUCGAGCACGUCGACGGCAGCCACAAGAAGAAGGACGGGGAGGGCGGCGGGAAGCCCAUGCUGUACCUUGUGUUUGAGUACCUUGACACGGAUCUGAAGAAAUUCAUCGACUCCCACAGGAAGGGGCCGAACCCUCGCCCAAUCCCUCCCUCCCUCGUGCAGAGCUUCCUGUACCAGCUCUGCAAGGGCGUGGCUCACUGCCACAGCCACGGUGUGCUCCACCGUGAUCUGAAGCCACAGAACCUGCUCGUCGACAAGGAGAAGGGGAUCCUGAAGAUUGCUGACCUUGGUCUCGGUCGUGCUUUCACAGUUCCUCUCAAGAGCUACACACAUGAGAUCGUAACUCUCUGGUAUCGAGCCCCUGAAGUGCUGUUGGGAUCAACUCACUAUUCCACUGGCGUGGAUAUGUGGUCUGUUGGUUGCAUCUUCGCUGAGAUGGUGAGGAGACAGGCCCUGUUUCCCGGAGACUCUGAGUUUCAACAGCUGCUUCAUAUAUUCAGGUUGCUGGGGACGCCAUCCGAGAAGCAGUGGCCUGGAGUUACUUCCCUUCGGGAUUGGCAUGUAUAUCCGCACUGGGAACCUCAGAACUUGGCUCGUGCUGUUCCAUCCCUGGGACCUGAUGGCGUGGACCUUUUAUCGAAAAUGCUCAAAUAUGAUCCUGCUGAAAGGAUAUCGGCGAAAGCAGCACUCGACCAUCCUUACUUCGAUAGCCUGGACAAGUCUCAAUAUUAGAGACCAAGUUUCAUCACUUCAACUACCAUACCGAGAGCCAUCCUGGAAGACUUGAUUUGUUUUCUGUUUUAAGUCGAUGUUAUAUUCCCAGCUAGGGAAUUCUUCAUCUACGACGUAUCUGUUCCGGUUUAAUGACAUUAUGUGGCAAAUGGAUCCGUCUGCCCUGAAUAUGGUUUUAAAAUGCAUGUUUUACUUCGAAAGCUAUUGGCUCCGAAACAGAAAAGAAUGCUCAUGAUCAUAUGAUGUGAGAUUCAUAUGGA